AUGCUCGCCAACAUGAAACUCGCUGUGCUCCUCGUCGCUCUAGCCACCUCUGUCUCGGCACUCCCAGGCCUGUCCGAAAUACAAGCUGAGGCCGGCAAGAUCUCGAAGCGCACCAGCGUACAAUUCGUCAUGUCGAACUUCCGCGAGUCCGCUGCCGCAACUCGGUUGAGCUCGGUGCGCUCAUCACGCCUGGUGUACGACCCCAGCGGGCAGACGUGUGUGCUCAAGUUCUGGAGCGAUGCCGACUGCAAGGGAACGGCCACUACGUGGUGGAUGAAGGGAGCAAAGAACGACCGUUGCUUCGACAGCGCUUCACAGGGCGGGAUUCGGAAGCUGAGUGGCGCCAAGAGUGUUCUCGCCAACUGUGCGGAAGACGCGAUUCCGGCGUCGUAG